GCCGCCUCUGUCAGAACGUCCCUCUUCUCGUCAAUCUCCCACCACCUUCCUCAAGCUGUAUUCUGCCGCCCAGCUUCUCAAUCAACCGUGAGUCCUUGCAGCAUCAGGGAGGAAUCAAAGGAAUAUACAUGAGAGUGCUACCGGAGAAUUGUAAUCUUCUGCGAGAUUAGGGAGCAACUUUGUUUUGAGUUGAAGUGCUCUGAGAAUUAUAAUUUACUACGGAGUAUUAUUUUAAUAUACGCAUACUAAAUUCCAUGUACUGUCUACACCAAUUUGGGCCGGAUAUGUUGUGCAUUGGAGGCUCUUUUGGUAGUUGAAUAUCUAGUCAAUAGACUUCCUAUUAUGUGUACCAGAAAGCAAUUUACUUAUAUGACACUUGGCACAGUUUAUUGAGACGAGAGACUACUGCAUUGGUGAUGCUCUUAUAUUGUAUCUUCUGCAAUUACUUACGCGGAUGUGAGAUGAGUGGUUGGCAUCUAAAAGUCUUCAAAGAUGGAAGCUUUAACAUUUAUGCCAAACCACACGCUCUUCGCUUCAAGAGAAGAUUUUCCCUGUGGUCUAUGAAGAAAGACCCAGAGCUUGAAUCUGCAUUAUGCAGAAACCACCGCUGGAUUGUGAAUAAUCAGAUAAAAAAUAUAAUCUUGAGAUAUCCAAACCAGGUGGCCCCUGUUAAGUUCCUCCAGAAGAAGUUCAAGAGUCUUGAUCUCCAAGGGAAGGCCAUGAAUUGGCUAAAGAAGUACCCCUGUUGCUUUGAGGUUUUUCUGGAGAAGGAUGAGUACUACUGCCAGCUCACCAAAAGAAUGAUGUGUUUGGUCGAUGAGGAAGAUUCCAUAAAAGAUAUGCAGGAACCUGUGGUUGCCGAGAGGCUAGCUAAGCUGUUGAUGAUGAGCCGUGACCAGAGGCUGAAUGUUACGAAGCUUAAUGAGUUAAAGAGAAACUUUGGGUUUCAGGAUGAUUAUUUACUUAGAAUCAUACCCAAGUAUGAUAAACUUUUUAGAGUUGUCAAUCACACAGGGAGGAGAAGUUCAAUGGAGAUUGAGCUCAUAUCUUGGGAUCAAAACCUAGCAACCUCUGCAAUCGAAAGGGUAUCACAAAUAAAGGGUCAAGUGCCACGAUUCUCGUGCUCUUUGCCGGAAAGUUGGGUGAAAUCAAGGGAAAGGUUUGAAGAAUUCAACUCGACGCCUUACAUUUCACCUUAUUCAGAACAUAAAUGUUUGGCAGAAGGCUCAUUAGAGAUGGACAAGAGAACAGUGGGGCUGGUGCACGAGUUACUAUCAUUAUCCUUGUGGAAGAAAGCAUCAAUUGUCAAGUUUGGUCAUUUUAGAAGAGAGUUCAGCAUGCCUGAGAAACUAAACAUCCUGUUGCUCAAGCAUCCUGGCAUUUUCUAUGUUUCUAACAGGUACCAGAUUUAUACGGUUCUUCUUAGAGAAGCUUACAACGGAUCUGAACUCAUUGAAAAGGAUCCUCUUGUAGUUGUGAAGGAGAAAUUUGGAGAGCUAAUGCAAGAAGGGCUGCAUGAGUACAACCGGCGACACCACUUGAUGAAUUUAGAGAAGAAGAGAAAGAAGGGAAUGGUUGAAGCAAAAGAGGUCAGAAGGAGAAAUGGAAAUUGUGAGAGUUUGGAAGAGGGAGAACAAGUAGGCGGAGAUCUAGGGGGAAUAUUCGACUCAGAAGAAAGGAAACGAUUCUAUAGAGCUCUCUUUGAUGACAAAACUCCAUAAUCUGUUAGUUUUUUCUGGGCACAUAGGGGAAAUGUAGCUGACCCCAAACUCUUUUUGGGAUAAGGCUUAGAUGUUGUUGUUGGUGCAUAGGGGCGAUGCUCUUUAUCAAUGAAUACUGUGAUGCUCUAUAUCAAGUCCAUGUUGCCAAAGACUAAAUCCAGCUUAUAAGAGUUCGGAGUUCUCAAGUUUUAAUAGUAACUGUCUUUAGUUUAUACAUAAGGACGGGCAUUGGCAGAAAAUUAACCCCCCCCCCCCCCGUCCCACCCCUUAAAAUUGUUUAGAAUAGUGACUCACUAUUCUAAACAAACCGAGACGUUUCAGGUUUUCACCCCUUUAUAAACUGCUCCGAUUCCAGUACCUUUAUAAUGAAGACAUGACCAGCUACUUUUGGUCACCAAUGCGCAAGCCGCAAAGUGCUUUGAAAAGUCUGCUGCAGAACGGGAUCAAGACUGACGGUUUAACAUGACAGGUACAUACACUUGAGUAUCGGUGGAGGUUUCAUCCAAAUGGAGGAGUACGUAGUGGAGGAUCUUCAUGACUGUUAUUGUGCACCACCAAAAUUGGAUCUUGAACAUGAAGAACGCUUGAGUGCACUCAAACUUCUGUAGGCAUGCAAAGUUGAGUGAUUUUCUCUUUGAGUAUGUGAUUAAUUUGUCUGUAGUAGCUGAUUAGUUAUUUAAGUUACCUAUUUUGACAUGAUUACUUCAUAGAGGGUGAGGUUGAGAACCUGUUUAUGUUAUUUCAUGGUUCUUGCUAGUGGACCUUUUCCUUUAAUAGAAUUGUAGAUGAUGGAGAAUAUUACCUUGUAAAUAACAACGCCCAUUUGCAAUAUAUUGUUUUAUAUUGAAAAGAUAGAAAGUCAUUUUUUGUGGCAGCAUCUCAAUAUUUGAAAUUACAAUUGAUGUCUCGUGUUAACAGAUUGUUAUGGAGGUGGGGCUACAGAUGUCAAUUAGAUGAAUCACAUUUCCUUCAUUCAUAUGGUAGUGUAGAAAUUCACCACGAAUGUGUCCUCAUGUUCAAUGCAUUAGUCUUGUGCUUGUUUGAUGAAUGUUCCUCACCAAACUUGUAAAGGAUCAUAUACAUGCUGACAUGCGCUGUGAAUGCGCUGCUCUUCAUUCACGGUUCAUCUCACACACGCAUAAAUGGCUCAAGCAAACACGGUUUAAUCUUGUGAGAACUUCUCCUAGUGUACUGUAGAAGUUAGUAACUAUUAGCAAUUCUUGUUCCAUUGUAGGAAUUUGAAAAGCCCGUUAAUCGCCAAAUAAUAGAAGAGUUAAUCGCCUUUUUUCAAUGGAGGCUGUUUUGGUAAGAAUACAGUUGGGGCAGGGUCAGCCGCACAAGUGACCAUUCAUAUGGUUAAAUAUAAAGGUUUUGGUGAAAAUAGAAGCGGAGGUCCUGAUAAACAACCACCACAAGGAGGUGGAUACCCAUUUGCAUAUCUUCCUCCUGUGCCGCCACCUCAUGGUCAAUUUUACCCUCCUUAUUAUCCUCCUCAACAAUAUGGAGGGUCCAUAAUACCCCCCCCCCCCCUCCACAGACUUAUCAGCAGCACCCUCAUCCUCCUUAUCAAGCUACAAUGCCACCUUCUCCACCACCCAGUGGCGGGCAAACACCACCACAGCAGCAGUCACAACCAGCUCCAGGCCAACACAGACCGGUUGCGCAGCAAGAACCUUUACAGCAAUCUUGAUCUGGACAUUCUUGUUAUGUUUGCGUGAUGGAAUCUUUAAUAGAAUAUUCUAUUACUCUUUUCAAAACAUAAUCAUCAUCUUUCUACAUAGUACAAUUAUUAUUUUCCCAUUUAACUCAUAUUUGAGAUGAUUCUAUAAAGAUGCUUCAGGUUCUUCAAACUGUGGGGAGUGGCGUGCCGCCGUGAGCAAUUAAGGAAACUAGUUUGGUCAUUUGUGAACUACAAUAGUGUGUGUUAACCAGAUGAGGUGUCGCUUUUGAACCCUGCUCUUCCAAGUGCUCUUAUUGAUUACAAGUUCUCAUUAAAGAAAAAAGAUAAAGGCUUUGGUGCUCUUUACAAGGGGUUGUCUGCUAGGCUGCUUAGACAAGACACAUAUACAACUGACAGACUUGGAUCAUUCACAAUGUUGACAAGGAAGGCUGUUGAAGAAAAUGACAAGUCGUUGCCAUUGUAUCAGAAGAUUCAGAAGGCUUUGUGUGGGCCGACAGUUGGAGCGAUUGGAGCAUGUGUUGGCAGUCCGGCUGAUUUGGCACUCAUCUGUAUGCAGGCUGAUGCCACCUUACCUGCUGCCCAAUCAGCGUCACUACACAAAUGCCUUCCUUGCCCUUUAUCAUAUUGUUGCAGAUGAAGGAGUUUUAGCUCUCUGGAAAGGUGUUGGCUCAACCGUGGUGGCGUUGUUAGAGCAAUGGCACUUAACAUGGGAAUGCUCACCUCCUUUCCCUUUCAAGAUACCCUUGGUAUGGGCGAGGCUGCCACAGUGCUAGGGGCCAGUAGAGUUUCUAGGUUCUUUGCUGCAGCCUGCAGUUUGCCAUUCGAAUAUGUGAAAACACAAAUGCAAAGAUGCAACCAGACCAUCACGGAAAAUACCCAUUUACUGGUUCCUUUGAUUGUGCCAUGAAAACUUUGAAGUUUUACACAGGAUUUCCUGUUUAUUGUGUUAGGAUUCCCUCAUGUCACGAUGACAUGGAUAUUCCUAAAUCAGAUCCAAAAGAUCGAGACAGAUAUUGGAUUGUAGUUCUCAGUCCAACUCUUGACUGUCUCGUAAUUGGUUAAUGCAGGGAUUUGAAGUUCUUGUGAUUUUCUUAUAAUUUUUUUUAAUUAUUAUUUUCCGGAAUUUUCGAGGUGUGAUUUUUUGUAAUGUAUCUACCGAUGUUCUAAAAGGCGUUAGGCGCUAAUCGGGCUCCAGCCCAGCGCCUAGCGCCUAGGCGGCUAGGCGGGCGCCUAAUCGGGGACUAG